AUGGCGAGCUCCCCCAGCAAGUCCCUAUGUGCUACAUUCGACGACGACGCACAAAUGAAGAUCACAGUAAACCUGGGCGGAUACACCACACAGGUCCUGAUAGACUCAGGAGCCCAAGGAAACUUUAUCGCACCCCGAAUAGUGCAACAGCGAGAAAUACCAUGGAAUCAGAAGCAAAACCCUUACCGACUAAGGAAUGUGGAAGGGAAAGAAGUCGAGUAUGGCGGAGGCAGCAUUGAUCAGGAGACAGCGCAACUCCCUUUGCUCUACCAUGGCCAUCAGGAGCUUAUCAGCCUCGACAUCACGGAGAUAGGAAACCACGACGUUAUCCUCGGAAUUCCAUGGCUACGAAGACAUAACCCACAAAUCGAUUGGGUUACCGGCCGAAUAAAAUUCAAUCCAGCCUCUGAGAAGCACUCGACGAAGGCCUCAUGCGGAUUACUAGCAGCAACCAGAGCAAGACCACGCCUGAUGCUAAGGAUAAAAGACAUUGGCACUAGGACGCUAGCAGCCACGACGAUUGACAAAGUCACGGAAGAUCCAAUGUCAAAGAUACCUGUUGAAUACAGGGUCUACAGCAAACUCUUUGCACCAGAACUCGAGACCGGAUUACCGGAACACAGCAAGUGGGAUCACAAGAUCGAAAUUAAGGAAGGACACGAACCCACCUUUAACAAAAUAUACCCACUCAACCAAGAAGAAAUGAAAGCCUUAGACGAAUGGCUUGACGAAAAUCUUGCGAAAGGAUUCAUCAGACCUUCGAAAUCACCCGCAGGAUACCCCGUACUAUUCGUACCAAAGAAGAACGGGAAGAAACGACUUUGUGUCGAUUAUCGACGACUCAACGAUAUUACGAUCAAAGACUGUUACCCACUGCCCCUCAUAUCGGAACUAAGAGACCUACUCUACGAGGCCCAAUGGUUCACAGCCUUGGACCUUAAAGGAGCCUACAACCUUAUCCGAAUUGCAGAAGGAGAUGAGUGGAAAACAGCCUUCCGAACGAGAAGAGGACAGUUUGAAACGUUAGUCAUGCCAUUUGGACUCACCAACGCACCGGCUACAUUCCAAACUAUGAUCAACCAAGUACUACGGGAAUAUCUGGACAAGUCUGUUGUUGUGUACCUCGACGACAUCCUUAUAUUCUCCAAAACGUUGGAAGAACACAAGAAGCAUGUCCACGAGAUUCUCAAAGCACUCGAACAAGCGAAGCUACUUGUGGAACCAGAGAAGAGUCUGUUUCACAAACAGGAAGUAGAAUUUUUAGGGUUCACAAUCACGCCAGGCGUAAUCAAGAUGUCCCCUAACAAAAUCAAGGCUGUGCAAGAAUGGCCUACACCAGAAAACCCGAAGGACAUACUAUCCUUCUUAGGAUUUGUCAACUUCUACCGAAAAUUCCUCAAAGACUACUCCAAAACGAUAUUGCCUCUUACCGAACUCACUAAGAAAAAUGCACCUUGGGAAUGGACAGACAAACAACAGAAAGCGUUCCAAGAAGUCAAGGACAAGGUCACAUCGGAACCCGUCAUCCAGAUUCCGAACCCUGAGAAGCCCUUCGAGCUCGAAACGGAUGCUUCGAACGAAGCUGAAGGAGCGCAGCUAGGCCAAAGGGACGAGAACGGAGUCCUACACCCCUGUGGAUUCUUUUCAAGGAAGUUCCAAGGACCUGAACUGAAUUACCAGAUCCAUGAUAAGGAACUUAUGGCAAUUAUCGACGCAUUCAAAGAAUGGAGACCCCAACUAUCAGGAACAAAGUACGAAGUAAAAGUGUACACGGAUCACAAGAAUCUGGCACACUUCACCACUUCGAAAGAGCUCAACAAACGACAAAUCAGAUGGUCAGAAUUCCUCUCAGAAUUCAACUUCAGAAUCAUCUACAGGAAAGGAUCAGAAAACGGCAGAGCAGACGCGCUCAGCCGAAGACCCGAUUACAAGGACGAAGUCCCAGAAGAAACUCAGGUUAUCCUCAAAAAAGACAAUGGCGACCUCGUACCCGCCGCGAAACUCUUAAUGAUCGGCGACCGUGUCAAGACCAGCACGACUGGAAGAAUGACACACGACCAGAUCAGGGAGAUACACAGCGCACCCGCUCACGGUCACCAAGGAGUUACGAAAACCUGGAAACGAAUUAGACAACACCACGACAAGCGAGUAACAAGAAAAGACGUCGCUGACGCAAUCAAGGAUUGCGAAGUCUGCGCAAAAAGUAAGCCCAGCAGACACAAACCAUAUGGAGAAUUACAACCAUUGCCAGCACCACCAGCACCCUGGCACUCAAUCUCUCUAGACUUUAUCGUCAAACUACCAAAAUCGAGAGAACCACUCACUAAAGUACAGUACGACAGUAUACUAGUGGUUGUGGAUAGAUUCACGAAGUACGCGUAUUUCAUACCAUACUUGGAAUCAAGCACGGCAGAAGACUUAGCAUACACCUUUCUCAGGAUCAUUGUCAGCCAACACGGCCUGCCCCAGGAAAUAGUAUCAGACAGAGGAUCAGUCUUUACGUCCAAGUUCUGGAGAUCCCUGAUCUCGCAGCUCGGAGCAAAGCACAGCCUCAGCACUGCCUUCCACCCGCAGUCCGACGGACAAACGGAAAGAAUCAACCAGAUCCUGGAAACGUACCUAAGGAGUUAUGUGAACUACGACCAGGACAACUGGGUCAAGUUGUUACCAACCGCACAGUUCGCAUACAACAGUUCAAUAGGAGAAAGCACGCGAGAAUCACCUUUCUUCCUCAACUAUGGAUUCAACCCUACCGCUUAUGGAGAACCCCGAACCGGCUCUGCCGCGAUAAAAGCAGUAGCAGACAUCAAGAAACUUAAGGAAAUCCAACAAAAACUACCCCAAGAACUCGAAUUCGUACGGCAAAGAAUGAAGAAACACGCCGACCGACAUAGGGUGAGAGGCCCACCCCUAAAAGAGGGAGGUAGCGCCUACCUCAUACGGCGAAACAUCAAAACGAAACGACCUAGCGACAAACUCGACUUCAAAAAACUAGGACCUUUCGAAAUCACGAAGAAAAUUUCCGAAGUCAACUACGAGUUGAAACUACCGGAAACAAUGAAAUGUCACCCAGUCUUUCACGUCUCAUUAUUAGAACCAGCACCGGACGGUACACACACCGAAGACUGCAUCAUUGUGGAAACAGAUGACACCGAAUACGAAGUAGAACGCAUUCUAGACCACCGGAGGAAUGACGAAACAACAGAAUACUUCAUUAAGUGGAAAAACUAUGGACACGAAGACGAUUCGUGGGAACCAGCUAAGAACCUGGAACACGCUCAGGAAGAACUCCAACAAUACUGGCACCAGAGGACGUCUCUGGACCCCAGUCGUCCAAACCGACGCCAGACCAAUCCACAACGCCAAUAG